AUGGCCGAGAUAAAGAUGGAGGACGCGGGCGUGCCGCUUAUUCUGCCCUCUGCUCAGCACGAAUGUAGCCGUAAGUGGCCUCCUGCCGAAGCCAUUGAUAUAUAUACCAAGACUGACGCGUUGAAUCCAGAUGACGGGAUUCCAGACAUGCUGCAUACCUGCUACCACCCCUAUCACUCAGCCUACAGCCCGGCACAUUUGCCUCCUCUUCUAUUCCGACUAGAUGCUCCAACAGAGCCGCCUAUGCCCCGUAUAAUUCGGUAUUUAACCAAAGACGGGGCAAUCUCCUAUGUCAAGGAGAGUAACGCAAUCAAAGACUUCCAAUUUCUGCUACGAUAUAUCUCUGUUCGCGUAUCCGGCUGGCUCCUGGAAUACUGGAUGAGGACUGACCCCCGCCUCACGUAUCGAGAUAUUAAGGCGCGAAUGACAGCUUCUCCGAGUGAUAUUCCAUCUGACAACGCGCUAAACAUGCGUCGUGAGCGCGAAGCCCGCCUGCCGCUAGGUCUCUCCUGCUGGACCACGCGUCGUGGCGAAAUCACCAGAACUGAAGUUGAAAGGGUUGAACGCUGGUCUCAGCCGCAAAUCUCCUUAAAUACUACCAUGGAAGUUGAACAUGCCACGUCCGCCAGGACAAACGAAAUGACCCCCGUUUGUCUUCUAAUGAGGCGUCUCGAUGGAGGAAAACCUCAGCGAUAUGUCCUAGAUACGUUCAUGGACGGAAGAGAAGGGCCGCAUGUACCUGGGCUGCGUAUAACGGCUGCCAUUCAACUUCUGUAUCAACUUCAGGACUUCGCUAAUGUACUGGACACAAAGGACUGGAGAUACUUACCCGGAGAGUACCUCCCGGAGUCAUGGAUUAGGAGAACUGGGCCUCGAACCAAGUCCCAGGCUGGCAGUUCAACUGACAGCGACAUGAAGUUUGACUUGAUCGCCCCCAGCGAAAGUGGGAAAAAGAAAAUGAACGUUGGCAAGAGAGUGGGAUAUCAGGCAGCAUACUCUGAGGGUGGUUCAGAAAAGGAAAACAUGAAUGAAGGAGGAUGUCAUUGUGGUGCAGUUAACCGUCUGAAGGAGGACGAUGAAGAUGCCCCAUCUGACAUGCCAGGUGACCAGCCAGCUCUCGGCAACAUGUCAUCUCCCAUUCACUCAAAGCAGAAUACUGUAUGGAAGUUUGCUGGCUCUGCAUCGCCUUCACAGCAGGUCUCCUACUCUUCUUCACAGCCUGAACAGAGUGAUUAUUAUGGAGAACAGCCACAUACAAACACCUUGUCUGAUCCAUCUUGCAUAGACCAGCCUGUUAUCCAAUACAACCCCCAACUUACAGUGAACAUCUACGGUGCUCCAUACAAUGAAUCUUCCCUCCAGCAGCAGUCUCAAAAAGUAUUGUCUAUUCCAUCUUCAGCCCAGCAUACUUCACAGGAAACGUUGAACCAGCCUCCGCCGUAUUUCAGCCAGUCGUACGAUGGAGGAAACGAAUUCAUGUCGAAUCAACAUCAGACACCCAAGGAUCAGGGAUCGGAUUUUCUUUCCAUGAGCCCUCCAAGUCAGCAGUAUGAAGUUCCCGAGCCGUUUAGAUUCAAUGGAGCUGGCCUAUUUUCAAUCCGGAACAACCCUGCCCAUCGUCUAAAUACCAAUACCUCCGAGGUGAUGGAGAGAAACAACCCGUUUCUUGACCUCGACUCCCCCAGCAUAGCCAACCAGCGAUCAUUUGAUGAUUUCUUUACUGCAGAUCUUGAAUAA